GUUCUGUUUCUCCCUCGAAGAACAAUUCUCGUGAAUCUCAUCAGAAUCAGCAGAAUAUCAGCCAAACACUGGCUGCAUUACAGCCAUGGACUCUGAUGCCAGUGGGACGAUGGAGGUGGCAGCGCUUGGCCGGCCUUUCAGCCUCGGGAUGUUGUACGACUGCCGCAAAGACUCACUCGUCCCAGGAAUGUCAUUGUGGGACCGUGAUGACUUGAUAAGUCACAUUGGAGAAAGGCGGCAGAACUAUAAUGACUUUGACAUAGUCGCAUCUGAAUCAAUUGCAGAUAAAUCUUCAGCACUAAAUGUUGAAUCAUCACUGAAGGCAAGUUUCUUGAGCGGACUGGUCGAGGUUGGAGGAUCGGCCAAAUACCUGAACAAUAGUAAGACUUCCAAAAAUCAGGCCAGAGUAACACUGAAGUACAUGGCUACCACAAAGGUCCAGGAGCUGUCAAUGAAUCAUCUUGGAAGAGACAAUGUGAAACAUCCUUAUGUCUUUGAAAAAGGAUUAGCAACACACGUAGUCACAGCUAUUCUUUAUGGAGCACAUGCCUUCUUUGUCUUUGACCGCGAGGUGUCUGAAAACGAAAGUCAUCAAGACAUUCAGGGUAAUUUGAAGGCGAUGAUUAAGAAGAUUCCCAACAUUGCGAUAGAGGGUGAAGGUUUGCUUAAAAUGGAAGACAAGGACAGAAAAAAUGUUGAGAAUUUCUCCUGCAGAUUCUUUGGAGACUUUUCCCUUGAAAAGAAUCCUGUGUCCUUUCAGGAUGCAGUAGAAGUCUACCAAAACCUGCCAAAAUUGUUGGGAGCCAAUGGAGAAAAUGCUGUACCAGUGAAAGUCUGGCUGUUGCCACUGACAAGUUUAGAUUCUUCUGCCGCUAAACUCGUACGUCAGCUAAGUAUAAGAGGAGUUCAAGAAUCACAGAGUGUCCUGGAGGACAUGAGUGAGCUGGAAAUUAGGUGCAAUGAUGCAAUGAGAUCCACCACUGUACAGCAGUUCCCACAGAUUGGCAAAAAGAUUAAAGCUUUUAAAGAGAUGUGCUCCGAGUUCAAGCAGGAAUUCCAACAAAACUUGGCAAAGAAACUCCCAUCAAUCCGAGGGGGAGUAGAAGAGGAGGCCGGGCUCACAGAGAUCCUGAAAAAGAGACAUUCUUCCCCUUUCAACAGCAAAAACUUGAACGAGUGGAUGGACUGCAAAGAGGCAGAAAUCUGCAUCUUAAAGUCUUUCACCAACAUGAUGAAAAACACCAAGAUUGUCCCAUCUCAGAAUCAUCUGUACAAAGAGAUUCACAGUGCAGAGCACGCUGUGUUUUGUUUUCACCUCACUGGGAAGUGCUGAACCGUACCUCUCAACUUUGUCAAACUACUUGAAACAAACACCCAAACCAGACGACAUUCAAGAUGUACUUUCUCAUGAUGUAGAGAAGGAACAAUGGUACCUUUCAAGUGAAGUGCCAGAUACAAUGAGGGAAAAAGCAAAGCUCUUCAGUGACUUUGCAGAAGCCAACAAGGAGAACAAGAGCAUUAAG